AUGGCCGAUGAAACACCGUACAUCGAGAUAAUAUUCCGGGAUGCACCGAAGAAGCGUAUCAAGCGCAAUCUGUCGUUAAACUGUGACGAAAAUACGAACGAAACGCGUUGCUGUCGGUACCCGCUGAAGGUGGACUUUGAAAAGUUCGGCUGGGACUGGAUCAUCGCACCGAAGAGCUACGAUGCGUGGUACUGUGCCGGUGAGUGUAUGAUCAGCUUCCUGCCCAAGUACGAACAUACGCACGUGAUGCAGCUCAGCACGUCGGCCAUACCGUGCUGUUCGCCGAAAAAGAUGAGCUCGAUUCAGCUGCUGUACUUCGACAUGAGCUUCAACGUGAUCUACAGCACCAUCCCGAACAUGGUGGUGGAAAAGUGCAGUUGCUCCUGAGCUAGGCAGCGAUCGAUCGCGUAUCGGUAAGUGGAACUGCUAGUGGAAAGGGUUUUCCAAAACCGGUGUAAACAUCGUAGGGCAAAGACACGUCGGGUUUUUUAAAACGAAAAACACGAAAGAAGGAAGAAGAAAAAAACAACGGGACCAUUAGGAAACCGAAUGCGUUGAAAAGGGCAAUGUUUUCUAACAACUUGGCAAAACAAAAAGUCAUUAAAAUUAUCAGCAAAAAACAAAGCAACAGAAUCGCUUAACUAAUGCGAAAGGAGAUGGUGUUGUAUCCUUUGUUUUGUCUUUAAAAAAAAACUCUACUUCUACAAACGAGUCUGAAGAUUGGUAACAUUUUGGAGCUUAACUAAAAAUUAGUCUAGAGUCGGUUAGCCAGUAGUAGGUAGUAGUACUAGGUAACGAAUUGUACAAGGCAAUAUACAUACAUAGCACAUACGCUUUAGGCAAUGAAACUCAAAAUUCUUAAAACUUUAUCGAAGAAAACAAGAAAAUACGGAUUCGCUUUUGAAGUAACAGGUUUACGAGGUUAAGACGACUGCUUGGGCCAGAGACUAAAAGGAGAACAACGAAUAAAGACACUAGUUAGCGUGUAGGGACGGAAAGGUGACUUCUUAUCGGUUUGGCUGCAAUUUGACGUACCAAAAAAAGGUAAAAAAAGAGCAAAAGUAUACGACGACGAGCUUCGAAUGUUGUAAUACGUAGCAAAAAAAAAAAAACAAAAUCUAAAAUUUACAAAAUAAUACAAUAUGUGAUAAAACUAGCAAGGGAAACAAUCGAUAUAAUGUACGGCAUUUGGCAUUAGUAGCGAAAAAAAAAACUGGGAAAGAAUGCGUAAUGGUUCCGAAUUGGUGUUUGUUGUGCCUGUCGCCUAAAAGAUUUCGUUUCGAUGAUCGUUCCAUUUUUCCAGUCACAAUAUCACGUAGUUUUGUAACUUAAUAAAUAAUCCCCGCCCAACUAAUGGUGUACACGUACAACUGCAAUGUUGGUUUCUGUA